AUGGCUUCGAUUGCUGGAGGCGCGACGGCCCCUGCUGCCGACCCUCCGAAUGUGUUUGCCUCCUUUAAAGCCCCCUACACACCGGACUCCAUUGAGGCGUGGAGUCAGCAUGCUUCUGCUGCUUUGCGUUUCCGCCUCCUUGCAACAGCAAACACUGCAGCCGGGGAGUCGCCGACUGCCGCAUCCCCUGUUGGACGCAGCACCGCCAGCAACGCAUGCAGCGAUGACGUCUUCGUAGUUGGUAUGUACCAGUUCGACGAGUCAACAAGAUCUCGCUCGGGGGGCCUCUCCUUUUACAGUGUUCAGCCUCCGCGGGGGCACCCAGCAGCACCAAGUCUGGAUAUCAGAGAAGUUCUGCAGCAUUCGACUGACGCAUUCGGCUGUCUAGACGUGCGGUGGCUGUGCGGCGGUGCUCAGUGUUGCUACAGCUGCUGCACUCGCAAUAACGGACUCUCGCUGUGUCAUGACGAGUUUGAGGCGCCGCUGGCUGUCAUUGGCUCCGACUGCGCUUUGCAUGCAUAUAGGGUGACUGGGAAGCCCAGGUCGGAGGAGUCAAGCAGCGGCAGCAGCCUAAGCUGCACGCACACCGCUAAAAUUCCCGUGCUGUCUGAUCCAACGAGAGACCAAAUAGGCCUUUCUCUCGAUGCACUUCACAAUCAGGCGCAGAAGGCUCAUGACGCAGAGGCAUGGACUAUUGCGGUCAGUCCGCAUUGUAAUGGCAACCUCAUCGCCACGGGAGCUGACGACUGCAAAUUGCGUCUCUGGGAUAUCCGAGACGGCUGCCGCUCUGCGGCAGCAGAGGGGAAUUUCGACAGCAGCAGGAGCAGCACGGAGAGUUUCCCCUCUUUACAAGGAGAGUGCACCCGGAGGCACUCCAUGGGAGUUACUUCGGUGUCCUUCGUUCCGACAUCCCCCUCGCUCCUUCUCUCUGGAAGGCAAGAGAUUUUCUGCUCGAGAGGCUCUUUGCGCGGGCUCAAUCGUUUUCCUGUAGAAGGCCGACUCUUGCUUUUAAGAAGCAUGUUGCGAAUCCCACGACACAUUGCCUGUGCCUCUGCGUUUGGUGCUUCUCUGCAUUCUGCUACAGCUACGAUGCUUCAACAGCAACAACAGAAGCUUCAACAGCAACAACAGCCUCAACAGCAACAACAGCACCAGAAGAGUAGGAGAGUGUUGCCUUUCAUUGGUGCCUCUGUCGGGUUCUACGACAAGAGUAUUUGUUGCUGGCAAGACGCAGUCCCUGCUGUUAGUCACCGGGAACACCAAGUGGGGGCAGUAGCUGACGUACAUAGCAACGGUGGAAGUACCUGCUGUUGUGCCGGCAGUGCGGUGGCUGCUAGUGCUGCAGGAGCAGCUAGAGACACAGUCAGGGGGCUAGGGACGGGCAGACUAUAG